AUGUCAUCAACUUCGAACAUGAACAAGACAACAUUUGACAAUGAAAAUUCUAAUACCCAUGAAUUUCAGAAAGUAAAUCGUAAAAGAAAAUAUGAUAAGGUCGAUAUGGAAAUAAUGAAUGAAGAACAAACAGAAACGACGACAACAACAGAUAUUGAUAUGGAAACCACAAAAUCUUCUUCAACUAUAUUACCAACAGCACCAUUUCCUCAAAUUGAUCCUUCACAACUGACUGAUAAAGAACAUGCAUUUCGAAAAAUUUUGAUUCCAUCUCAUCGUUAUACACCAUUGAAAGAGAAUUGGAUGAAAAUUUAUACGCCAAUUGUUGAAUAUCUCCAUUUACAGAUACGUUUUAAUUUAAGAACAAGAAGUGUAGAGAUAAAAACGUGUGAUGAAACAACUGAUAUACAAUCGUUACAAAAAGCAGCUGAUUUUGUUAAAGCAUUUGCGCUCGGAUUUGAAGUUGAUGAUGCACUUGCACUCAUCAGAUUAGACGAUCUAUUUCUUGAAUCAUUCGAAAUAAACGAUGUUAAACCAUUGAAAGGCGAUCAUUUGUCUCGUGCAAUUGGUCGUAUAGCUGGUAAAAAUGGAAGAACGAAAUUUGCAAUUGAAAACGCCACAAGAUGUAGAAUUGUUUUGGCUGAUGACAAAAUUCAUAUUCUCGGCUCAUAUCAAAAUAUUCGAAAUGCGCGAACAUCCAUAUGUAAUCUUAUUCUAGGCUCUCCGCCAUCAAAAGUUUACGGAAAACUAAGAACAGUUGCAGCAAGAACGGCAGAAAGUUUUUAA